AUGGCUAUCUCGGAACAAAUCCCAGAGUCUGUCGAGUGGAACGGAAAGAAGACCCCCAUCUAUCCGAUGGAGACGGUCAGUUUCGAGCGACUUCUCUCUCAGGAGCCAGCCGAACUUGAGAAGGUGGUUCGCUGCUGUGAAACUGAAGGUUUCUUUUACCUCGACUUGCAGAGCAUCGACGGCCGACGGAUGUUGGAAGACCAGCAGAAGACUCUUGAGCUUAUGCACCGAUUCUUUCAGUCGCCCCUUGAGAUAAAGAACCAAUAUGGGCUUAUAUCCCCCCAUCUCGGUUACGAGCCCAUUGGCUCACGUACCGGAGUUUUCAAAGACACCAAGGAUGGAUAUGAAAUGAUCAAGGUUGCUCGAGACGAGAUCCAAAAGUCCAGCCCCCACCUGCCCAGCGUCAUCAAGAAUAGCCCGGAUAUCAAAAUCCUGGAAAACGCCAUUGCGGGCUGCAACAUCAUCACAAAGACUAUCCUAUCGUCGCUGUCCACGGGACUCGGGCUUACGGGCGCUGCACGAUUCGAGAACACUCACCGUAAUGACCGCCCGUCUACCACGACCCUCGCCAUGAUGCACUACAUACCGUCCGAUCCUGCCGCCCAGAAGAUCGGCCACCAGAAGCACACCGACAUCAGCUCGCUGACCCUGCUCUUCAGCGAGGAGUGGGGACUCCAGAUCCGCCCGCCGGGUGCCCGCGAGUUUGGAUUCGUCAAGCCUAAGGAUGGUUGCGCCAUUGUCAACGUCGGCGACUCGCUUCGUUUCGCGAGUGGACACAAGAUGCAGUCGUGCAUCCACAGGGUCGUGCCCUUCGACCCGACCGAGCACCGUUACUCAAUCGCGUAUUUCCUCAGGGCCGAGGACUCGACCAUGUUCACCGACAGCGAAGGCAGGUACAUUACGGCCGGCCAGUGGCACGAUGAAAAGUUCUUCGCUUUCACCAACCCGCCCGAGCUCCUGGCCAACGUUCCGCCCUCGAUGAUUCUAGGUGGAAUGAAGGAGGAGGAGGACAAGGAGGUUACUGCAAAGGCCCCAAGUGCAUCGAAAGAGAUUGUGGUCGAGACAUAA